CAACCUGCAGCUGGAACCUGACCGGACCCCGAGGCUCCCUGGCGUCUCCGCUGGCCAGCACCCUCCCCUACGAAGGCAGCUGGCUGGACUGUGCCUACAGCAUCUCCGUCUACCCUGGUUACGGCGUGGAGAUCCGGGUGCAAAACAUCAGCCUCGCGGUGGGCGAGACAAUCGCCGUGGAGACCCUCGGAGGCCUGGAGCCCCUCCCGCUGGCCAACGAGUCCUUCCUGGUGCGUGGUCAAGUGGUCCGUGGCCCCACCAACCAGGUGCUGGUGAGGUUCCAGAGCCCUUCUCCAGCCAACCCAGGGACCUUCCACUUCCACUUCGAAGCGUACCUGCUGAGUUGCGCCUUCCCUGCGCGGCCGGUGUACGGCGACGUCUCUGUCACCAGCACUCAUCCGGGGGGUCAAGCGUGCUUCUCCUGCGUCGUGGGCUACCAGUUGGUGGGGAAGCCCUGCCUGGCAUGCCUCAAUGCCACCCAUCCCUUCUGGAGCGGCCAGGAGCCCACCUGCAUCGCGGCGUGUGGAGGGGUGAUCCAGAACGCCACCACCGGGCGCAUCGUGUCGCCAGGCUUCCCGGCUAACUACAGCAACAACCUGACCUGCCACUGGGUGCUGGAGGCGCCCCCCGGGCAGCGGCUGCACCUGCAUUUUGAGAAGGUCUCCUUGGCAGAGGACGACGACAGGCUGAUCAUCCGUAACGGCAACAACAUUGAUGCUUCCCCCGUGUACGACUCCUACGAGGUGGAGUAUCUGCCCAUCGAGGGCUUGGUCAGCACCAGCCGUGGCUUCUUCGUCGAGUUUUCCACGGAUAGUGGCGGCGUGGCUGCCGGCGUGGCCCUGCGCUAUGAAGCUUUCCGGCCCGGUCACUGCUACGAGCCUUUUGUCAAGUACGGGAACUUCACCUCCAGCAACGGGAGCUACAAAGUGGGCACCACCGUGGAGUUCACCUGUGAGCCCGGCUACACCCUGGAGCAAGGCUCGGUCAUCAUCGAGUGCGUGGAUCCUUCCAAUCCCCAGUGGAACGAGACGGAGCCGGCCUGCCGAGGUGAGGGACGGGGAAGGAGGCAGCCGGAGGAAAUAACAAGAAUUGGUUCCCUUGUGGUUACAUAA